AUGUUUAGAGUAUUGGGUGCCCUCAGGGGCGGGUCCAAGACAGCGGAGGAAACUAUGACCCCAGAAGAAAGAACAAAGACAGUCCUGAAGCAGGCUCAUGAUUUUGAAUUGGCUUUGAGAGCCAUGGAUUACGUCCUGGAUGAUAGAGCCGAACAAGGAUUGGCUCUCUUAGAUGAGAGUGAAAAGAAGGAUGGCCCAGAUCAUACUAUUAAUGUCCUGGCAAGAGGUGUCAUUGAAUUCUUAGAAGCUACAUUGGGGUUUGAGGCCGCUGAAAUGAAGAAGGCUUCUGCUACUCUGGCACGCGCUGAGAAUUUGUCAUUGAAGAGUAGACAACGUGCUCAGAAAUUGGCUUUGAGAUCCAGUUCGUUGUACCCACCUGGUACAGUGUAUGCUGUCACGUAUACUGAAUCAUGUUUGUUGCAUGCCUUGUUGAUGCUUUUCAGUGAAAGUAUGAUGGAAGCUGCUAAGGCCGUCUUGAAAUUAAGAAAGUCUUAUUAUAUGUUGCAAGAGAUCUUGGAAGAAAUUAAGAAGGCCCACAAGACUAAGAAAUCCAUGAUGUACAACUCUGAAGCAAGUGAAUCAUCGGCAAGCUUCAUUACCUCGGGAGCACCAUUCCAUUCAGUGGAUAUCCCAUUCGUAUUAACUCCUGAGGAACAAAAAAAUAAGGAUUUACUAAAAUUUGCUGAAGAAGUACACAAGAUGAGGACAGAAAGAUUAUCAGGAGCUCACAUUGGGAACCCUCCAGCAAUCAAUAGACUGAGAAAUGAAUUAGGCUUACAAGCAAUGGAUUCUUUACCUAAGGAGGAUAUCAAAGAACACACUUAUUUAACAGAUGAUAUUGACGCCAGUCAAGCAACCAUUGAUGAGUUUAUUCAUUCCGGUGUGAAUUUAUGCUUUGGUAUAUUACAAGUCGUAUUAUCAUUGUUACCUCCCGCCAUUGGUGCAGUGCUUUCCGUCAUUGGAUUCCGUGGGUCCCGUGAAGAAGGUCUUAGAUUAGUCUGGAAAUCUACCAAGCAGAGAAAUGUUCAUGGUUGUAUUGGAUUAUUAGGGUUGAUGUUUUAUUAUGAUGGACCCUUCCAAUUUACAGAUGAUGAUUUUGACAUUCCAGCAACAGUGAAUAAAUUAUCAACAACUAAAACUAAUGACAGCAUGGCCUCAUUGGAAAUGGAUGGCCCCACUUUAUUGCAUCCGGGGAAAAUAUUGGAAGAUGCAUUAUUACAAUCAAGAGCACUAUUCCCCAAUAGUGCCCUAUGGUUAUUGAAUGAGGCCAGAAUGCUUUCCGCUAAGGGCCGCUUGGAGGAAGCAGUAGCAUUAAUGGAUUCCAUCGAGGUGUCAAGCAUACAUAUGAGACAAGUUAAAGUCCUUAUGAUUUUCGAUCGUUCCAUCACAUUGGUUCAUUUGCAUGAAUACGAAAGGGCUGCUGAGGAUUUGUUAUCAUUAUUGGAUUGUAGUGAUUGGUCUCAUGCACUUUACACUUAUUUUGCAGGUUGUUGUUAUCUGGAAAACUGGAGAAUGUGUCAAAUGGGGUUGAAGGAUAAAGAAAAGGAAGCAUUCUAUAAGGAAAAAGCCACAGAAUUAAUAUUCAAUGCAGAGAAAUUACUAGGUAAGAAAACUUUCAAAGCCAAGAAUUUACCAUUAGAUAGAUUCAUGUUGAGAAAAGUGGAACAAUUCAAACAAACAAAGAAUGCAUUGAAAUUGGAAGACCCUUUGGAUGCUAUUGCCACGUCUCCAGUUCAUGAAUUAGCAUAUUUCUACAAUGGGUAUAAUAGAAUGACUGAAGAUGGAUUAGAACUAACCAAGAAAAUGUUGACAGAAUAUUCAAACCCAGCUAUCGUCGCAGCCAACCCUGAUCAAGAAUUAAUCAAAAAUAUUUUAUUAUCAUUAACACUUAGAAGAUUGGGUGACGUUCAAGAAGGCUGUGAUCUAUUAGAUGAAAAAGUUCUACCUAAAUUUUUUUCUGUUGUGAAUGGCAAGCCCAAGUAUGUGAAAAAGACGGAAGAUCCAUGGGCAUAUCCAACUGCCUUGUAUGAGAGAGCUUUGUUCACUUGGAAACUGAAGGGUAUGGAGGGGCUUGCUGAGAGUAAAGAAUGGUUAUACAGAGCGCAAGGUUACGCAGAUGAUUACGAAUUGAGUACACGUAUAGGAAUGAAGAUUAAAGCGGCCAUUGAUAGAGUUGAGCAUGCCAAUUGA